CUUCUUCUAGUUGUCGUUAUAUGGGUAAGCGCGGUUAUCUUAAGAAUUUUUUACCCAAUUGGGAUGACUAAUAACACCUAAGACAUUCAUUUAAUUCACUUUGGUAUGAAAUCAGUAUCAAAGCAACUUAACCAUGAAGCCGAGGGUAAGUAGAUCACGUACAGGCUGCUACACAUGUCGAAGGAGAAAGAAGAAAUGUGAUGAAUCACUGUACCCUAUUUGUAACAAUUGUGAAUCUAAAAAGCUACAAUGUGUUUGGCCAGAUGCAACUAAAGAAUUGUACAAGAAAUUGGGUCAAGUGAAGUAUAUCGAUGAAGAAAAGAAAAAUAAAUCGAAAAGGAAACGUACUGAUAAUGUUUCUCCACAAAUAUCCAUACCAAUAGGUCAAGGAACCAAUAUUUUAAAUAACUUAGAAGAAUCGUCAACAACCGGCAAUUCACCUUUCGAUCAGUUUCUUCCAUCACCGUUUCUGGAUUUUACAGAUAUCUCUGAAUCGCACCUUUUCCCAAAUAAAAAUUCAUCUGAUAGUAUUACUACCAUUAAAUCGAGUUCAAGUAUAAAUUUACAAUCACAAUCACAAUCACAAUCACAUUCACUUCACUGUAAUAAAAAUCAUAUUCUUAACAUGAUAGCGAUGCAACAGGAUUGUGUGCAAUCUGAUGAAGAAGAUUUCAAAUAUCCUCAAAAUCAACUGUUACCCAUACAAAGUAACUUUAAUUCUACAUCAAUUAAUAGGAUAAAUCAUUAUUCUGAAACUGUUAUACCUAUUACCACAUUUAAUUCUACUAAAUCAGUUAGAAAUAAAGCUCUACAUUCAGCCAUAGCAUUAAUGGAAAGUCCAAGAUUGGAAACAACAGAAAGUCCCGUACUUAAUAUUGACUUCACUCGACUAUCAUCACCCGAAAUAUAAUGAAUAUAUGAUUAUGUUAUAUAAUUUACAUACAAGUAUAUAAAAUAUAUAAUUAAGAAACGACCUUAUAUGAGUAGUGCCCAUAACCC